AUGACAGACCUGGCUGGUACACCACCGGGCCCAGCCAUCGCCGUCACACUACUGCUCACAGCGAGUUCCGUAGCCGCCUAUCACAUUCUCAUCUUCUACAAGCUUUUCUCAAACGGGGCAGAUCCUCAUCAAGAAGACACCCAGGGAGCCACAAAUCCUGAAGACGCUAUUUUCGAUGAUCCUGUCCUGGCCAAGGCGUUUGCUCAGGACCUCCACCACGAGUUGAGCACUCUGGCCACGAAGCAUGUCAAGCUACAGAUCCAGAAGAACAAGACAGUUUCCACAGCAAAGCUGUAUGAAGCCAGAACCAUACGGCUCGCGGCGUAUCUAAAACACACCAAAGAGAAGUACAAAUCUCUCAAGAAGGCAUCGGCAGCCAGCACUGGUCCACGCACAGAUGACUCGCAGUAUCUACUUGAACUGAUGGACUAUGUAGAGAAUAUACGAGAGAACUACGACACGCUCCUGCAAGCGUAUACAGUUCUGAGGCAGGCUGCACGACAAAUUCAAGAGGAGAACGCAACCGUUCGAGAAGCACUCCCCUCCUCCACCAAUGAUUUGACGAGCACUGCCCCGUCAUUAUUGGAAGAAAUUAAAAACCAAAUCAUGGCGAGGCUCAAGACUGAGAAUGAGGCAUACAUCGCGCAGAUCCAGAAGCUGACAGCAGAAAAACAGGAGUGGAAGGAAGAACGAACUGCUCUUCGUGAGGCUAUGGAUUCUAUGCUCCAUGACAGUACCCUCUCCCACGUUGGUGAUGAAGCGUACUACGCAGACGAGAGCUGGCUCUCUGAUGGCCAGAAUGGCUCUACGUCGCAUGACGGGAACUUGGCGACUGAAUUGCAGGAUGCCAUCGGCAACGAAUGGACGAGUGAGGACGGACUCAGAGAAACGGACUAG